UCGUCAUGCGUCGCGCACGGCAACGCGGCAUCCCCUUUGCUCAGCUCGCUUGGGUUGUGAUUGACAAUAAUGGCGACUAGUCUGUCUUAAGUUGUUCGGUUUUAACGGAACCAGCUUGAAAAUCCAUCAUCAGGAGACGGGCUUACAUGCAUUCGGAUCCCGGAGCAAACACGUACAAGGAUCUGUAGCUUGGAAAUGAACGGAUAACUCACUCGCGGAACCUUGAAGUUCAGGUAGCAGGAUUCCGAGGGAAGCGCUGACAUCGCGCUGUCUACAACAACCUGCAUUCCAAUAAAAUAAGGAUUUUAUUUUGUUUCUCCUAAAAAAAAAAAAAAAAAAAAGUAAAGCCUUCCAAAACUGGAACUGUUUACAGUUACAACAACACAGCAUUUAACCUGACUUGCAUGCAGAGACACAAACCUUUUUGGGGUUCCAAUUCGAAGGGCGUCUGUGUUACAUUUUUUCGAAAAGAACCCCCCCAACUCAAUUCUUCACACCGUUUUUAAAUUUAGACUGUUUGGAAAAGAGAAUUGAAAAGUCAUCGCAGAAAGUUGAAACCGUGUGUGGAACACCUUUUGUUCAACGUUUACCUGGACGUUUUGAACAUGUUUCAUGAUCUUCUGUAUUUAAAUUGAUACAUUUUGAUCGUGUAAAUUACUGGGUACAACAUAUUGUACUUAGCCUAACUGGCUGUAAAGCAGAAAGGAAGUUUGAUGUUGUACUUUGUUGAACUUUUUGGAGACUUUCCUCUGUCUAGCCAGUGAGAACUAGACCGCUAGAAUUCCUUUGUUUUGUAACUCGGCGCCGAAAUUAUUGUUUUUAUAGAGCCCUCACUACAGACUGAUCUAAAACGACAACAAAAACAGUCACCAAAUGGGAAACUGAAAUGAGUGCGCUCUCUUUUUUUCUACGUUUUGAAAAACACCGUCCCUUAAACAUCUGUACAAAAAAAUCCAAAUAACUUCAGCGAGAACACAAAGGCGCAGCUUGUAAACCCAGACACAGCAGUGAUGACAUCAGUGUAAACAAUAUCUACUGUUUUUUUGUUUGUGUAGCAUAGACGAGUUCAAACAUAAGUAUAUGUGUUUAUUAUACUUAACAAAUUGACUUGUAUGAGUUUGUAACAAUUACAGCCGUCUGCUUGUGGAACUUAAUGUAGAAAGCCUACAAAUUACAUAUAUUGUGGUGUAUCGUGUCAUAGUGAUUUUAAAUGACAACCGGCAGGAAUAACCGAAUCACGAUGGAAGGCGUGGGUGCCAGGGUGGUUCGGGGUCCAGAUUGGAAAUGGGGCAAACAGGAUGGUGGAGAGGGUCAUAUUGGUACUGUACGCAGCUUCGAGAGCCCAGAAGAAGUGGUGGUCGUCUGGGAUAACGGGACUGCUGCCAACUAUCGCUGCUCGGGGGCCUAUGACGUCCGAAUAUACGACAGUGCGCCCACAGGUAUCAAGCAUGAUGGGACCAUGUGUGAUACUUGCCGUCAACAGCCGAUUAUUGGUAUCCGUUGGAAGUGUGCAGAAUGUACAAACUAUGAUCUAUGCACAGCUUGUUACCAUGGAGAAAAACAUCAUCUGAGGCACAGGUUCUACAGAAUCACCACACCGGGAAGUGAGAGGGUUCUGCUUGAGUCUCGCCGCAAAUCUAAAAAGAUCACUGCUAGGGGGAUCUUCACUGGCUGCCGGGUGGUGCGAGGAGUGGACUGGCAGUGGGAGGACCAGGACGGAGGCAACGGGCGCCGGGGCAAGGUGACAGAGAUUCAAGACUGGAGUGCAGCCAGCCCUCACAGUGCAGCAUAUGUUCUGUGGGACAAUGGAGCCAAGAACCUUUAUAGAGUGGGGUUCGAGGGCAUGUCUGACUUGAAAUGUGUUCAAGAUGCAAAAGGGGGAUCAUUUUACAGAGACCAUUGCCCUGUGCUUGGUGAACAGAAUGGGAACCGGAACCCUGGGGGCCUGCAGAUUGGCGACCUGGUGAACAUUGACCUAGAUUUAGAAAUUGUGCAAUCUCUGCAGCACGGGCAUGGCGGGUGGACUGAUGGGAUGUUUGAGACCUUGACCACCACGGGCACAGUCUGUGGCAUUGACGAAGAUCACGACAUUGUGGUUCAGUACCCCAGUGGAAAUAGGUGGACAUUCAACCCUGCUGUGCUGACGAAGGCAAAUGUGGUUCGGAGUGGAGAUGCGACUGCAGGUGCAGAAGGGGGUGCCUGCCAGUUCCUUGUGGGAGACCUGGUUCAGAUCUGCUAUGACAUUGAGCGAAUCAAGCUUCUCCAGAGAGGACAUGGCGAGUGGGCAGAAGCUAUGUUGCCAACUUUGGGGAAGGUUGGUAGAGUCCAACAGAUCUAUUCCGACAGCGACCUGAAGGUGGAGGUUUGCGGGACAUCCUGGACAUAUAAUCCUGCAGCUGUUACCAAGGUGGCCCCAGCAGGCUCUGCUGUGACCAAUGCAUCUGGAGAACGUUUGUCUCAGCUUUUAAAGAAGCUCUUUGAAACACAAGAAUCUGGAGAUAUUAAUGAAGAACUCGUAAAAGCAGCUGCCAACGGGGAUCUCGCCAAAGUUGAAGACUUGCUAAAGCGCCCUGAUGUGGAUGUGAACGGACAGUGUGCUGGGCACACAGCUAUGCAGGCAGCCAGUCAAAAUGGACAUGUGGACGUGUUAAAAUUAUUGCUCAAACACAGCGUUGACUUAGAAGCAGAGGACAAAGAUGGAGACAGGGCUGUGCACCACGCAGCUUUUGGCGAUGAAGGGUCGGUUAUUGAGGUUUUGCACAGAGGAGGUGCGGAUCUGAAUGCUCGAAACAAGCGCAGACAGACUCCUUUACACAUUGCAGUAAAUAAAGGUCAUCUGCAAGUUGUUCAGACUUUACUGGACUUUGGCUGCCAUCCCAGUCUUCAGGACUCUGAAGGAGACACCCCUCUUCAUGACGCGAUCAGUAAGAAGCGGGAUGAUAUGCUGUCUGUGCUUUUGGAGGCCGGGGCUGACGUCACCAUCACAAACAACAAUGGAUUCAAUGCUCUUCAUCAUGCUGCGCUACGAGGGAACCCCAGUGCUAUGCGGGUUCUGCUGUCUAAGCUGCCAAGGCCCUGGAUAGUGGAUGAGAAGAAGGAUGAUGGGUACACCGCCUUGCAUUUGGCUGCUCUCAACAAUCACGUGGAAGUAGCAGAGUUACUGGUUCACCAGGGCAGCGCCAGCCUGGACAUCCAGAAUGCUAACCAGCAGACUGCCUUGCACCUGGCAGUAGAACGGCAGCAUACCCAGAUUGUCAGACUGCUGGUUCGGGCAGAAGCGAAGCUGGAUAUCCAGGAUAAAGAUGGAGACACUCCUCUCCACGAGGCUCUCAGACACCACACCCUCUCCCAGCUCCGCCAGCUCCAGGAUAUGCAGGACGUCGGCAAGGAGGAUAGCCCUUGGGAGCCAUCGAAAAACACUUUAAUAAUGGGCCUGGGGACUCAAGGUGCUGAGAAAAAGAGUGCUGCAUCAAUUGCCUGUUUCCUCGCAGCCAAUGGAGCAGAUCUUACUAUCAGAAACAAGAAGGGACAGUCUCCACUGGAUCUCUGCCCUGAUCCCAGCCUCUGCAAGGCACUGGCAAAAUGUCAUAAAGAAAAAUCAAGUGGACAGAUUGGCUCUCGCAGCCCCUCGCUGAUCAGCAACGACUGUGAAACGCUUGAGGAGUGCAUGGUAUGCUCUGAUAUGAAGAGGGACACCCUCUUUGGGCCCUGUGGGCACAUUGCCACCUGCUCAUUGUGUUCUCCACGGGUCAAGAAAUGCCUCAUAUGCAAGGACCAAGUCCAGUCUAGAACAAAGAUUGAAGAAUGUGUGGUAUGUUCGGACAAGAAGGCAGCUGUGCUCUUCCAGCCUUGUGGCCACAUGUGCGCCUGUGAGAACUGCGCCAGCCUGAUGAAGAAGUGUGUGCAAUGUCGUGCUGUGGUCGAGCGGAGAACACCUUUCAUCAUGUGUUGUGGUGGGAAAGGUAUGGAAGAUUCCACUGAUGAUCUUACCAGCGCAAACAUCCCUGCUUUACAGAGAGACAAGGACAACACAAAUGUCAAUGCGGACGUGCAGAAACUACAGCAGCAGCUGCUGGACAUCAAGGAACAGACGAUGUGCCCGGUCUGCCUGGAUCGACUGAAGAAUAUGAUCUUCAUGUGUGGCCAUGGCACGUGCCAGCUGUGCGGUGACCGAAUGAGCGAAUGCCCCAUCUGUCGCAAGGGUAUUGAGCGCAGAAUCCUCCUCUACUAGACCAGGGGGAAGGGGAGAAAGAUGAAGUGUCAUUGCAGCUUUCUGUGUAGAUGCAAUUCAGCAAUUAUAUAUCUUCAUUAACUGACCUUUUUUUUUUUGAUUGCUUUUGUUUUAAAUAGAAAAAAAAAUGUUGCUGUUCUCUAACUGAAUAGUUUAGGACGGUGAAGAAAAGGAUUUAGAAAUUAAAGAAUUCAAGAACUGGAGGCCUAAGCCUGACACUUAUUACUGUUGCUGGGUCCUGUGUUUUUUAAAUCAAGUAUAUCUCGCAACACCAUUGUUACUGAAACAGUACAACAUUUAGACAGUUUUUUGUGUCUACCCAAAACAAUACUCCAGUACUGAAAUACGCAAUACACCGGUUGAUUGUAAUGAGCAAGGAAUACAAAUAUCAAAGCAAUCUUGAUUGAGUUCAUUAAAAAAAAAAAAAAAAAAAAAAAAAACAGGAUUAUGCAUUACACACAAGGGUGGACAGUAACAGUAAGCAUGUCUGGGUGUUUCAGAUGUGUAUCAGAGCAUGGUUUGGAUGCUAUUAAAUAGACUGUUCAUUUAAUCCUAGCUGAGGCAAUGCUGCUUAAUUCUUUUUUUUUAAUAUAGAGGAAUGGUAUAAAUGUUUCAACACUUAACGUAGGAUAGUUAUCAAUAUAGAUAAGGUUAACAGGCAAGAACCAAAGUCAUUAAAAUGAAGCAGCACUUCCUUAAGGAGGUGUUACGCAACUUUAAAACAUGUUGUCUUAUUCUAAACUUUCUCACACUAUUUUUAUCCUGAGCUUAAUAUGAUACCCUGAAGCAUUUUGCUUUCCAUGUACAUUGCAGUAGAUACAUAUGACAUUUACUAUGGAAAUCUAGCUUAAGGGUGCAGUCCUAUGUAACAGUGCCCAUGGAGCUGUGUGCAUUGUAGUCCAAGUAUUUUUUUUGAAACUCGAUUUUUCGUGUGUCAUCAAUUAUAUAUGGUUCAGAAUGUCUGGACUUUUUCUUUAAUUUUUUUUUUUUUUUGUACUUUGGUAUUGGUUUCACUUGUGCUUGUCGCCCCUUGUGCAGUACAGUAGUUAAACAAAAGGCAGCCUUAUACUGGCACACAGUAUUGCAAAUGGCACAGUGAACAGCAAUGUCAUUUUCCAAAUGGAACAAACUUAUUUUUGUUUUCUCUUGGUAACAUAGUGCAUACAAGUUAUUGUGUUUUUUGUUUUGUUUGUGUACUAAAUGUAUGUUUCAUAAGCAUAGCAGAACCCGAUUUGUAGACUUGUAAGCCUGGUUGGUUGGGCAACUCAUUACAAAAUGAGAAACACUACAAACAGAAGUUGUGCACCAUAGGUAAUUUCAUUUUUUGUUUCUGAAGGCAAAAAUAAUAGCUGAAUGUGCCAAAAUUGCUCGACAUCAGAACAGUCAUCCUGUAUGAAAGAACAACUCUUAACAUCUAAAGUCUUUCAAAUCUAAAGCAGUUUGUUUUACCUCCAAAUGAAAAUAUCAAGUGUUGAUUUUCAAAACUGUUUAAACUACACUACAGAGAUAAUCAGGCACAAUCGUGAAAGUGACAUUUUCAUAAAGUAUUAUAGUAGCUGUACCUUGAACGAAAUCUAGAUUUAUGGUGUUGCAUAUUCAUUUUUAAAACAAGUGUUCUUAAGCGUGUUUUGACACCUUUUUUCUUGCUGCAGAAAUGAUUAGCAUAAAAGCACACUUAAUAUAUCUGUUUAAACUGUAUAAGCUAGCUCCAGUAACAUGUAUAUUCAUAAUCUUAUAUGACAAAUUAGAAUUUAUUGUAUGAAAUAUUGAUAACCUGCAGAAUAGGACAGACUGCUGUUAACUGUUGGAUUUUGCAAAUCCAAACUAUAUCGAUUAUAAGAGGAAGUCACUUGCAGUGUUGAAGACAAUGGAGGUCAGGGCUGUGCUGUUUCCUUCAAUAAUAACAACUGACUGCUCAAUGAAAAUCAUAUUUAAAAAAAAAAAAAAAAAAAAAAAAAAAACUUAACCCAGUUUAAAUUGACUGUUCUUUAUUUGUAUAAGCAUGACUGAAAAGUUUAAUUUUCCACAAAAAGUAUGUCUCUGCUCAUAAAAACAUGUAAUCUGCAAUGAAGUGAAUAAUGAAACAAAAAGGUUUUAUCAAUGAAUGACCAGAUGUACUUUUAUAUAGUUGUCCCUACUCUAAAUAGGCCAUUAGCUGAUGCCAUUAUCUGCAAGCAUGGACUUGUAUUAGGUUAAAUGUUGCUUUAAUUAUUUUACUGUGAGCAGUAUUCUUUAUGUUAGUGUCUAUUUAUUGAAAAGGAAAUGUGUAGUACCUCUACAAAUGUAUUGAAGUACAUUUAAACAAAUCAAGCAUUUUGUUUCAGUUUUUUGUAACUUUUUGGUCUUGGGUUGUCCAAAGUAGUUGAUGUUUAAAUUUAAAUGGUCUUUCUGUCCAAACGUGAGCAGUUGGACUCCUGGAGCAUGAACGUAAUUUCAGCUGAGAAGGGAAGUGUGCAUGUGUGGAGUGUCGGGGGGUUUGAACUCCACAAGAAAGUAAUGAUGUAUGUGUUAAAAGGAAACUUAAGUAAGGAGUGAUGCAACGUGCUAGCAUUUUCAAUAUAACCCUUGAUUUUAGUUGGCCCUGCAUUGAAGAGUUCAGCACAAGUCUGCAGUGUUUGUACCGAAGCAUGGUCUCGGUGGCUGACAAUGCCCUGUUAUUUAUUUUAGAACAGAAAUAAUCUUUGGCUUUGACUGCCAAUCCUAGUUUUAUUACCAGCGUGUAUUAUUAUCUGAACAUUUAAUCUAGAUGCACAAAGUGUACUUUCUAAUUGUUAGUAAUGUAUUUUAAUUUUGGUAGGUCUUUUCAAAAGGUGCUGCAGUUACACAGCAAGCUGUUCUCUGUUUUCUAAUCAUUGUUACUGGACUUUUUUUGUUUGCUUGAAUGUUUGUGACAACUGCAAUAAGUUUUGUAACAUGAAAGCUGGUUAGUUCACUCAGUCUGUAUUGUUAAGUGCUUUAAAAAUAAAUGCUUUGUUUAAAUAAUCUUUCAAGACCAACGCUUUAGGAAUAAACACUGAUAUGCCUCAGUCUUGUGUCACUGAGUUUUCCUAUGUGUAUCAUCAUUGGUAAUACUCCUGGUAAGAGCUGAUAUAUUCCUUGUUAGCUUUGGAAAUCUGGGGGAGGGGUAUUAAUGGGUUUCUGUAUACAGGGCUAUUUUACUUAACCUGGUGUUAUGAUCAUUUUCAGUUAAUUAUACAGAUGCUUGUUUUAAGAAAAGCAUAACAUCUUCUGAAUAAUUUGAUCUUGUGAUAAGAAGGCUGCAUAUAUUGUACCUCUGUAGAAAUGCAUGGAGAGGAAAAACAAAAUGCUGUCACUGUGUAUGUUUGACUUACACUAACAAAACUUGUAUAACUAUAAACCAGAAAAAAAAAAAAAAAAAAAAAUCUUGCUUGUUUUGUUUGUAACUUUGAAUGCCUGGUAACAAAGUCGAGUAGACUAACUUGUUUGGCCUUUUAUAAAGUUAAGGAAAAUUUAAAUAAAUUAAUAUUAAUCGUAUAGAAUUGAUUAUGUAUUAUAAAACCUAUGGAUCAGGCUACUUUUUAUUUUUUUAUUUUUUAUUGUUUUUGUUCCCUAUCCAAUUUCCAUAAGAGGGUAAGAAUAAAAGAAUAGGACCCUUUUUGAAAAGGUU